UUACAGCAAAAGCUCACUGACCAUGGCUGGUUCCACUGUCUCCUUUGUCCUAUCUUUCAUCCUCCUGUUCUCUGCAAUAGGGUUGAGUACCUGUGAGGACUCCUCCAUCCAGCAGAAGUGCUCACAGGAGUUCACCAAGGUGACCUCAUGUAUGGACUAUGCCACUGCCAAGGCCAGUGCACCAUCGAGCUCAUGCUGCAGUGCAGUGACGGACAUCAGAAACGCUGAUGCUGUCUGCCUCUGCUACAUCAUACAGCAGACCCAUGGUGGAUCAUCUACCAUCAAGAGUCUUGGGCUGCAGUUCGACAGGCUCCUCCAGCUCCCAGAUGCUUGCAAGCUUGCCAACACCAGCGUCAGUAACUGCCCAAAGCUUCUGAAAUUAUCUCCUAGCUCACCAGACUAUGCUAUCUUCAUGAAUGCUACAAAAGCUAAUUUCUCAUCCGGUGGAUCCGCAAAUGUGACCCCCGCUUCCAAUGGAUUCAUGUGCCGGGUCCGACUUGAUGGUAGUAUUGCCAUUACCUUGGUAUCUGCUAUCUUCUUUUCUGUUUUCUCGAUAGGAGCUUGAAGACAGCCCAACAGACUGAUGGUUAUUCUAUGUGAAACAACAAUGCUUGUAAUAUUGCAUGGAAUGACAUGUGCAAGACCUGUUAUCAAUUUCCAGUUUGAGACUCUUAGGGACAUCAAAAUCUUGUGGUACACAUUUCCAAUGUGAGCAGUGCUAAGUUUUCAUUUUGAAUAA